AUGGAAUCAACAGCUUAACAAUAAACUGAAGAGAUAAAGACAGAAGAAACAAAGCAAGUUACUGAAAAACUUCAAUACAAGACUACAAGAGACUAUUUUGAAGACUCUUAUAAGUUUGUGUCUAAAGGUACACUUCUAGAUCUUUGGUUGACAGAUAAAGGGGAUGAGCAUGUUUUAGUUUUAGAUAGAACAAUUUUCCACCCUUAAGGAGGUGGUUAACCCUCAGAUGAAGGUUUCAUUACAUCAGUUGAUGGAAAAGUUAAGUUUAUCAUUAAGAAUCUAUAGCAUAAAGAUGAUGCUAUUCUUCACAUUGGAACUUAUGAGCAGGAUGGAGAAGUAUUCGAAAGGGGUUAAGAGCUACUUCUAAAUGUUGAUGAAUUAAAGCGCAGAGCAUACGCUAGAUAUCAUUCAGCUGGGCAUUUAUUAGAUGUUGCUAUGCAAAGAGCAGGCCAAACCCAGCUCAAACCAGGAAAAGGCUAUCAUUUUACAUCAGGAGCUUACGUUGAAUAUAUUGGAAAUGUCGAUAAUUCAGUCAAAGAUAAAUUAGUCAAGGAGCUAACAAUAGUUGCUAAUUAAAUUAUCCAAGAGUAACAAGGAGUUGAGAAGGGUGUAUGGUCCAAGAAUUGCACUUAUGAGGAAGCUGGUGAAGCACUUAAAGAAGGCGUUCCUUCAUACAUUCCAAAAGGACAAGACUUAAGAGUAAUUAAAUUAACUGACGAGGAUUCAGGAUGCCCUUGUGGAGGGACUCAUGUAAAGCAUGUUACGGACAUUGUGGAGAUUGAGAUCACAAAAAUUAUUAAGAAAGGUAAAAAUACAAGGGUCUCAUAUACUCUUAAAGAUAAGUCAAGUUGA